AUGUGCAGGCAGAAGUUCCAACCAUUCACCCUAAAAGGUUUUCCUUUGUCGGAACUCUAUGAAACACUGGGUAACCCUAGGGUCAUCGAGAGUAUAUUGCAACCAUCCGAGGAUGAGGUAAUUAUGCUUGCUGGAGUCAUGGAGAGGAAUGAAGAGGAAGAUAUUGUUCCUGAAAAUUGGACGAGGCGUUUAGUUGAGGAAAAGAAGCCGAUAUUUUGGAAAGAGAUAUGCAAGAUCGAUGUUGAUGCCCGAGAUAAUAAGGAGUGGGUAAACCAUCCUGUAGCGGCUAAGAAUAAUGUGGGGACGGAGAAGGUGGCGCCUCUUGGAUUGGUGGAACAGCUUCAGAGCUUGCAGAAGAGUAUGGACGCUCAGUUUCUCCGAAUCAGUGCUCGAAUGGAUGGCUUUGAUACAAGACUCUGCUCUGUAGAACAAUAUGUAAAAGAGACAAGAAGAGAAAGGGAAGGACCAGGAGAUGAGGGAGAAGAAGUUUUCCGAAAUGAUGUAGAACAUGAACAUGAACAAAGUGGAGAGAAACUUGAAAGUCUGGUGACAACUGAGAAAGCGAGGAAGCAGAAACAGCCAAAGAAGAAACAGCUGAAGCAGAAGCCGAAGAAGAAGCAGAAGGAGCCGGAGCAGAAGGAGUCGGAACAGAAGGAAGCAGAGCAGAAGGAGGCCGAGCAGAAGGAGGCGGAGCAGAAGGAGGCAGAGCAGAAAGAGCCGGAGAUGAAUGAGGCAGAGCUGAAAGAGGCGGAGCUGAAAGAGGCAGAGCAGCUGUAG